GGAAAACUUCAUACUCACUUCAUGAAACCCUACCAAAUGCCAGUCCUUUUCCCCAACUCGUUUACAAAUUUAGUAAGGAAUGUAUAUUUUUUGAAACUUUUCUAACACGCUUCGAGAAAACCCGAACACCUCCCUAAAAUUAUAGUUUAGUUGUCUUAUUACGAAAUUGGCGGAUCAGCAGGAUCUGAUUUGAGGAUGGACGGAGACAAGAAUGCGGUGAUCGAGUGCCAAUGCGACAGCAACCCGGAGAUGCACUUGAAGGGGAUGCUGCCCAAGCCAGAGCUCUGGACCUCGGAUGUCCAGCGCAAGACAGUGUCCAGCAUGAAGGUCUUCACCACCAUAAUGCUGCACGCCUGGCGGCAGAGGCGCGAGGAGGUGCGUCACUUGCAGCAAGUGGUCCAGAACCUGCACACACGAUCCAUGAAGACUAGGAAUAAAUUGCACGUUUGCGACACACUGAUACGAGUAGAGCAGAAGCGAAAUAGUGAACUACAACUUCAACUGAAACAAUCUACCAUGGACAUGAACCAGGUCCGCACAUCCUGUGAAACGCUCUCCACGACAGUCAGCGGCCUCACCGCUGACAGGAUGCAACUCCAGAUGAACCUGCAACGGCGCGAGAAGGAAUACUCGGAGCUGGAGGAGAUUUCCAACCAGACGAAGAGGGAGCUCUUUGGCUCCCUAGCGGGGCAACGCACCCUGCAACAGGAGCUGUGCGAGCUGCAGCGUGUCGCCCAAAAGCUCCAAGACGAGAACGAGCAGCUGAUCAGAGAGGUGGUCACUAUGGAGGGUAAGGAGACCAAGACCAAGCAGGAGCAGGAGUGGUAUCAGCGGGAGGUGUCCCGCAAGGACGAACUUAUUCGGACCAUGAAUGGGGAGAUUGCUUCAUUAGUAGAGAAAGUGCGAAAGUUGGAAGACCAAAAUCGUGAACUGGAAAAGGUGCGCGAGGGAAAGGAGAAGAUGGAUGCUGUGGUCGCGGAACUCAGUGAGAAGAUCAAAUCGCUCGAAACCACCAUCCCGCCGACCUCCAGCUCCAGCUUUUUUAGUAUUCGGGGAUCGGCGGCCCCCAUCUUUAGUCAGGUGGGUCAGACCCAAAAUGCGAUGUGUCCCGAAAGGAAUGAGAUUUGGAUGAGGCUCCGCAUCUCGGCGGCCAGGGUGUUCUAUCUCUUCUGGCGUACCCUGCUGCCUGUAAACCCUAUUUCGUACCCCUUUUAGAAAUAACAUAGUUUUAGUUAUGUAGAAAAUAUAAAAUAUACCAUUUUGAAUCGUCUAUUAAAAGGAUAAA